CGCGUAGCUCGGCCGGACAGUCACCGUGACUCCUCUCCAAGCGCUUUAGAACGUAGUUUUUUAUUUUGAGUACAAUAACAUUGCGCAUGCCCUAGAAGGUGUAUAGCUCAUGUUGAACUAGUUGAAUUUGUGUUGAGUAGCGGUAUGACUUGUAUAUUGUCGAGAAGUGAUAGUUACCUACGGGAUUUGCAGUAAGAAUUCUUGUCGAAUCCAUCUUUCGUGGUUAAGUUUGAAUUGGUGUAAAUCUGUGUCGAUAUAUUUACGUUUAGGUGCGAGUACUUUAUUCAUAUUUUUACUGUGAAUUGUGUUGUGCUGAGGGAUUUUAAUAAUUUGUGAUUUUCGCUACCUACCUAAAAAGAAACUACAACAACUCAUAGAAGCAUGAAGAAAAUUUAAUUUGAAAAAUGGAUAAUCAAGAACAUGAAAAAGAUAAUGAUAGAAAGAAGUCUAAUACCGAGUACCUGCCCACAAAAUGCCGAAUAACGAAACCACCGCCUCCGAAACCUGCAGCAAACCCCUUACAGUUCGUAAAAGUAGCACCAUGUCCCCUAUAUCAAAAAGCCCAGGAACAAAUAAAAAAAGUCGAAGAAAUAAAACGAGAAAGAAAAGAAAUAACAGAGGAAACAGAAGAUUGGCAGCUGAAUCUUGACAAUUGGAAAAGUAGCAGAAGGAAACGACAGGAGCACAUAAUCGAAAGAGUGGUCGAGGUAAAAAAAUUGGAACAUGAAGAACAAGAGAAAAAUAGAAGAAAAGGGAAGACGUUCAACGAGAUGAUGGGGGACAGGAGGCAUAAAGUGACGAUACCUUUGUACGAAGACGACACCAACGAUCUAAGUGACUAUGGUAUUGGAAGUAGUAGUUCUAAGACGAAUAGUAUAAAAGAUGUUGACACUGAUGAUAACGUCAGUAUACUCGAUGAAAAAGAACAGAAUUCUUUUGACUCGCCUAGUGUUAGAGAUAAUUCAAAUACUUUAAACCAAAGUGAAAAUGAGACCAAUAUUUUAACCAAAAUAGAUGAUUCUAAAAAUAAUAAUAGUAAUAUAUAUACUAGUACCUUAAACUGUAAGUCAAAUUCAGCGGAAGUCAACAACUCAUCAAAUCCGUCAUCUGCGGAGCAAUAUACCUACGAGGGUGCGAUACAGGAUUACAGAUCCAGAAUUCAAUUAAAAAUGAAUGUUGAUGAAUCCAUAUUUACUAGAAAUAAAGAUUUAUCCAAAUCAAAUGAAGCCCAAACAAUACUGCCUCGUGGUGAAAUAUUUAAACGCAAAGAAUUGUUUGAAGGAGACAAAACUGUUGAAAUAAACACGUACGAAUCGAAUACAUCUAGACGGUUGUCCGAGGAUUUUACAAACACCAGAAGUAUUAAAGACAGAUUGAAAAGUUUGGAACAGUCGUUUGAUCAAGCAGCAAAGAACAGCGAUAAAGAUGACAUACAAGUCUCUGUUAAACAACGACUACAAAAUUUUAUGAAACUCAAUGACGCCGACAACCAGAAUAAUAACGCAAAAACGAGGCCUAAAAGGAACAGCACCUAUUUACUUGAAAAAUCAAGUAGCACACCUACCUUUGAUAUAAACACCAAAGAUUGGAGUAGUAUUAACGUUCCACAAGAACAUAAAGAUUUUGACAAUGUUAACAAUAAGAACAAUGAUAGUGGAACGGAAGAAUAUCAAUUAAAUUAUAUUCCAUCCACUUCUUCUAUCGAAUUAGCUGGUCUUUCUUCUGAUAGAGAAGAUAGUGGCAUCCAAACAGCUGAUGUGUCUUGUUCGGUUAGUCAAGCAGAUGAUCCUGUUGAUACCGACUUGGAAACGGCAGCGAAUACAAUUCCAAAUUGUAUUGAGAAACUCAAUCAGGAAACAAAGAACAUACAAUUAAUGAAAGAGUUCCACGAAGAACCUGUAGAGAAAAAUAUGGAGGUAUUCCAAGAAGAUUAUCCCUUAAAAGAACCUGUAGAACAAGACAUCACAAAAUGUAAUGAAGACUAUAAUGAUAUUACUAAGAUAACCGAAAACUUCUUACAAUACCUUAAAAUUGAUGCCUCAAAUAAUUUAUCUUCAGAUGUACAACAUGAAAAUACUCAACAAGAAAAAAUCUUACCAGUAGAUGACAGUGACACAAAAUCACUGACUUACAACAAUCAACAACAAAAUCAGUAUGAGAACGUAGACAUUGUGAACAACUCCGUCGAUUAUCAAACCGUGCCCAAGUCAGCUGACUACGAAAAUGUAGUCAUUUCUAAUAACCAUCCGCAAUAUGAAAAUGUGGAACUUAAAAAUUACGUUCAUAUAAACAGUUUGGAGGAACCAAUACAAACUGUUGAUAUUUUAACGAGUGAUUUCCUCAAUAAUUCACCAUUUAUUAUGUCAGCGGCUUUAAGGGAACCUCCAAAGGUUAAGCCACCACCACCACCGCCACCCGAAGAAGACGAAAAACCCAUGAAACGAAUGAACUCGACGAAACGACUUAAAAAGGAAAUCCAUUUGAAACGUUCCAGCUUUUUGGGACUGGAUGAACCUACAGAUGAUCAAAUUGACCCAGACAUUGGGCUGGAGAAGCCUCCAGAUAUCAGUACAUAUCUACAAAGAGAGUCAAAACUUGAAAAAUCUUUGUAUAAAAAGAUGCAAGAAGAUAGAAUUGGCAAUCUAAGUAAAGUUGAAAGUCAAGAUUCGGGUUUAGAUAUAGAUAGGGGACGAUUAUCGAGUGACACGUGGUGUAGCAGUAUUGGAGAUUCUAGUACACCUAGUCAUGAAAGACAGGACAGUGAGCAAACUAACAGCAUAACUUCUGAGGAAGAUGAAAUAACAAAAAAAGAAAGAGAAAUAAUUGAGCUUGUAGAAAAAGAAGAACAAUCACGAGAUCCUGCCACUGAAUGUGUAAAUACUAAUUCUAAAUCUAAUAGUUUUUCCUCGGCAAAAAACGAAACGUCUUCUUUUGAACCAUCUUUGGGUAGUGAGCAGUUUAAAAACCCAUAUUUUCCUCAGCCAUCAUCAGAUUUUGAUGAUCAAGAUUCUGAGGUUUUAAAAGUAGAACAGGAACUUAGACAAUUAGAACAGGAGGAAUUAGAAAGACAAAGGGAAAACUUAUUAUUUAAAGAAAGUCGUACAAAAGCUAGAUUACAAAAUAACAGACACUCUUUAGAAAACAUAUGUGAUGACAGCUACCUACCUAUAGAAUACAGAAAGUCCAAUCCUGAGCUUCAGCAUUUGCCUCUGGAAUAUCGUAAAUCAGUACCUGAUGUACCAACAGUUUAUAGAAAUAUCCCAGAUAUGGACAUACAAUACAGGCAAUCAAUGCCCAACAUUCAGCACAUGUACCAAGCUUCAGCCCCAGAACUCACAUUGGUCAACAAUGACAUUUUGAAUAACAGAAAAUCACUGCCUAAUUUAAAGUCGGACAUUCACAGAUCUGCUUUUCAGUCACCACCAAUUAAACCACUGCCUCCACUUAUUGGGAAACCUCUAAAAAAUCCCAUAGAACCAAAACACUUGUUUAAUCCAAUAGUGCCUGGUGACCACAAGAAACAACCUCUUUCAAAACACAACCUGCAUUCUUUGAGUGCCGCACCAAGACCGAGACAUAACGAUAACUGGAUUCAACCCAAACCUAAAACGGAGAAAAACUAUAAUCAGCAUUGGCUUAUACAGGAAGCUGAACAAAGGCGAAUAUCCGAUCAACAGAAGAAUGCGUUUUCAAAUCGCAACUGGCAACAGCAGCGGCAUGAAAAACAUCUACCUGACUCGAUUAUACAAUCUUUAACGCAGCGCGUCCAAAAUAGAACAAAUAUCAACGAGCGUAAUUCACAAAUAAGAAGACCUGACCAAAGUCCAAACAGAAACGACUUCAUUCAACAUCCAUACUUAACCAAUCCACAGACAGUUGGACAUGCCAUGCCAUUAUCAUAUCCUCCAUUAGCGAUGGAAGAAACUCAGGAUAGAAUGUUAAGUGUCAGUGGAAAAAAGAAAUGCUCCUAUUGCGGUCGUGAAUUAGGACGAGGAGCAGCCAUGAUCAUUGAAAGUUUAUGUCUGUUUUAUCACAUGGAAUGCUUCAAAUGUUGCGUUUGUCACAUGCAACUGGGCGAUGGAAGAAUGGGCACUGAUGUUAGGGUCCGUAACCAAAAAUUACACUGCCAGAAUUGCUACUCCAGCGAUGAUGGUGUUAAAUUUAGUUGCGUUUAGUGUAAAUAAAUAAUUUAAUGUACAUAUUUUAUAUUAAAAGUUUACAUAGUGUUAUUUAUGUUUUGUAUAAUAGUUACAUAUUAUUGUAUAUUGAUUUGUAACUGAUUUUUUUGGAUAUUACAUAUGUAGUGCCAAAUUAUGGGAAAAAUUACCUGUUUAGAAAAUUAUUACAUGUUAUUUGAGGAGUGGGGUGGUUUUUAAACAACACAUGUAAAAAUGUGUUGAAGAAAAUCAGUAUAUUCUGUUAUUUAUUAUAUACGUAAUUAUUAAAUUUGAUAGCAAUUUAUUUUUAGUAGUUACUAUGGAAAUGCUAUAUCCUAACACAUAUCUUAUUAUUGUUAAAAUUACUCCCAUAAUUCGAUAAUGCACUGACUCAUAUUCUAUGUUUUUAUAUGAAUAUAUUUAUAUAUUAUUUCGGUUUGCUGAAAUAAAGGAAAACUCAUGUUUAUAA